ACACUUUGAGAGCCAUCUGUCGUUCAAUUAUUGUAUUUUUGUUUUGAUAUUAAACAACGAAAACGAUUCAAAAUGAAGAAAAAGGUGCUUCUCAUGGGAAAGAGUGGUUCGGGAAAGACAAGUAUGCGUUCCAUUAUAUUUGCCAAUUACAUCGCGAGAGACACCCGAAGACUCGGCGCAACCAUCGAUGUCGAGCACUCUCACGUCAGAUUCUUGGGAAAUCUUGUGUUGAAUUUAUGGGAUUGUGGCGGACAGGAAGCCUUUAUGGAGAACUAUUUCGCCGCUCAAAGAGAGAAUAUCUUCCGAAACGUUGAAGUUUUGAUUUAUGUUUUUGACGUCGAAUCGCGAGAACUUGAAAAAGACAUGCAUUACUAUCAGUCCUGUUUGGAAGCCAUUCUUCAGUUUUCUCCCGAAACAAAGAUCUUUUGUUUGAUUCAUAAAAUGGAUUUAGUUCAAGAGGAUCAGCGAGAACUGAUUUUUAAAGAACGCGAAACUGAUUUAAAACGGUUAUCCCGUCCUUUGGAUUGCACCUGUUUUCGGACAUCUAUUUGGGAUGAAACGCUAUACAAAGCGUGGUCAACAAUUGUCUAUACUUUGAUCCCAAAUGUCCACGAAUUGGAGAAACAUUUACGUCAUUUUGCGGACAUAAUAGACGCGGACGAAGUGUUGUUAUUCGAAAGAGCGACUUUUCUUGUCAUUUCUUAUUGUCAACGAAAACCACACCGCGAUGUCCACCGCUUCGAGAAGGUGUCAAACAUAAUAAAACAGUUUAAACUGAGUUGUUCUAAACUUGCGGCUCAGUUCCAGUCAAUGGAAGUCAAAAACACGAAUUUCGCUGCUUUUAUCGAUGGAUUCACUCCAAACACUUACGUAAUGGUCAUAAUGUCUGAUCCGUCUAUUCCUUCGGCCGCAACUCUCAUCAAUAUUCGCAAUUCGCGCAAACACUUUGAGAAGUUAGAAGGCGUUCGCAAUGCGCAGGCGUUUCCAAGAAAUCAUUGAUUUAUUUAAAAGUGUCCGCCGAAGCGCUCCGAAGCGCGUGAAAUAAAGUCCAAAUGAUUCG